AUUAUCAGACUGGGAAGAGGCAUACUUGUGUCUGGACAUCCUUUUUGAGGAUGACAGACCAGUAUCUCCACAGUCAGUGUUAUCAGACCUUCAGCUGGAAAAGCUCUUUAGCAACAGGGCAUUGUCUCCAGAAUCAAUUUCCUCUGAUUUGGACUUUUCUCUUUUGAAUGACUGGCUGGCAGAUUUCAGAGCCUCCUCCCCAGAAUCGGUGGCAGCAGAGGACCAUCAGACUUUAUUUCCUCACAUGACAUUUGCACAAAGAACUCAUCAGCACUGUAACUAUUUCCUAAAAUAUCGUGAAGAUAGGCCAACAUCAUCUGUGCUCUCAGUGUCAGAUGGUGAAGAUUUUGACUAUUGUCUGGAGGACAUGUUUAAUGACAACAGGGCAGAUUCCCCAGAUUCUCUUCCUUCAGGUUUUCAGGCCCUAAGUGCAUCACCUCUGCUUUCUUGUAAUAGACUUUUUACCUCUGACUUAAAUGAUAAAUCCCUCACAGUCCAAGCACAUAUGCACGGUGGUCCUUUUUUCAAUGUUGAAUCAGUUUCAGUGGAAACAGUUUCCUUUUUACACCAAACAUCUUUAACUAGGAGUUCACAGAAGCAACCAAUGAAGACAUGUAAGCAAUUACUCAUUUGCCAUUGUUAUGAUCCACCGUAUAAAGGAAAAUGUUUGCACUGUCAUUUCAAAAUGACUGGUCCUUUUUAAAAACCUUAUUUAACCAUUGUCAAUUGUUUUAACACACAAACAGAAAGUAGUCAGUCCUACACAGUCCUCUUUUAAUCAAGUAGUAUCAUGGUCCUUUAGUUUUUAUUUUAUUUCACUUAGGAUGUAAAGCAGGAUAAUAAUUUAAUAAAUCUAAUUACUGACAAAAAAUAACAUCAAAAACACACCUCUUUACAAUUCUCCUUAGUUUUUUAUUUCUCUACGAACAUUUUUGCUGUUUAUCUUUCGACUUCCUCAUGUUUCUUUCUUGAAUAUAACAUGAUGUAUAUGGAUGUAAAAUGACUGUUAGCUUCCACGAUAAUACGAUGGAUUAACAGGAUGCCCGAUCAAUAAAAAAGGCUUGAAGAAUUUUAAAUUCCAGUAAAAAUGUUGCAUUUCACCACAGUAAUACGUUGAAUUCUUUAGCAAGCUACCAUUUUGAUAAAAACAGCAGAGUAAUCAACCCCCCUUCAGAAAAUAUACAUCACAUAGAUUCCAAGUUUAUUAAUUUGCCUCUAGAAUAAAAAGAAAAUAAGGAUUCAUAUUUCCAUACAUUGUAACACACUGCUGAUUAAAGAUUUUCAUUUAUAUCUGUGAACAUAUAGUAUUUAUAUUUGUAUAUAUUAGGCCUAUAGUUAGCUAUAAGUAGAAUGGUUAGCAAUUCAUGCUAAUGCUAAUCUACUUGUGUUUUGGGUUAACAAGUCUGGAUCCAAACAAACAAAUGUGAGCAUAAAAGUGAUUACAAAAGCUUAAAAGUAUAAUUAUACAGUCAUUGUCAAAUCAUUAUGGUUUUAUGUUAUUUCAAUGAUAAAAUCCCUGACAUGGAUUCCUAAAGUGACAGCAAGGUUUUAAGACAAUAUUAUUUUUCUAUAGUGUCACAAGAAUAUAACCAUGGCAAAAAUAUGAGAAUCUAACAGAAUAUAACACAGUGUCUUUGUAAAGCUCUUCCUUUCUAUUAUUUUGUCUUUUUAGCUUAUCAAUUGCCUGUCUCUCUGACUCUGGUAAAGGGACAUUUUAAAGCCUCAGUCAAUGGUCCCAGAAGUCAUUUAGAGAAGUCAAGUAAAAAAAAUUCAAAACAUGAAAUUCAGUACAGAAAAGCCACAAUGCCCAACCAGAAAUCUUCUUUUAUUUCUUCCAGAUUGCAAAAUUCCUGAUUUUGUCUCAUAGAUCAAACAUUUAUUAGCAGUCUUUUUAUGAUGCUUUUCCGCCUAGAUAUCACAGUUGCCAAAAUUCAACCAGAUCUGAUCAAACUACACAUUGUUGGGCUAUUUUACACUGAGUUGAGUCAUAUUGCCAUCAGUUGAUACAAAAGAAAUGGUUUCAUCAUGCUGUCUGGUUGUUUGUCCUCAAACAAGCAGAUAAAGAAUCUUGAGACAAAAACUUGAUUGGUGUGUGAACCUGAAUGGACAGUACCUUGAUCACAUUUAAAGAUGACCCGUGUUCAAGUUUUUUUCCCCCAACAACACAAAAAGAAAAACCACCAGAGAGAAAACGAAAAAGUUCUGCGGCUUCGGUAUCAUCUUCAUCCUCCAUGAAAAAUCUUUCACUGUCGCCCAAACAGGAAAAUGCUCAGUUAGAAAGAAAUCAGGGUUUUGAAAUUGAGCAAACGCUUUUGACACACGAGCUAUGCACACUCUCUGUUGCAGAACUAGAAUUACCAUCCCCAAGCUCAAAAAUAAGUAAAACACAAUCUGACAUCACAUCGACUCGUCGUGGAAACUCACCACAGGAAAAGGAAGAAAAGCUCUGGUUGCCCUGUCAAAGUGAAGAUUGUGGAUUAGCUACACCAGGUUCUUUGACCCCAGAUCGACAAGGGGAUCUAGAUAAACUCACCAUCAUGCCCCCGGACUCCACACCAACAACACCAGAGUCCGGGUCCCCCCAGCUCGACCAGCUCCUCUCAGACCUGAAGGAGAUGAGACUGAAGUUUAGACCAGAGACACUCGACACACCUUUGUCAGACUCCCUUGACGACAGCUCAGAGGUUGGUGAUAUUGCGGAGUAUGAAGAGCUUUCACCUGAUGGUCAGUGCCCCCCCGAAAUCGGUCACGUUGUGGAAGUCAGCGCGUCACAACCUUCUGAAAGCAAUGCUGAAGCAGUGGUCACUCCGAUUGUGGCAAAAACCCCCCUGUCCAGUCUUGAUAUCAAUGAAGAUGUUCCUGUAUCCCCUACCGAAGCCUUUACAUUCCCCAAAUCUCCUCUAAGCUUUGGUGAAGAAAUCCAACCAUCUGGGAAAGAUGCUUCAUAUGUUGAAAUAUUUGAAACAGAAACACUUGAGAAGAAUCUGACUCAUCUUCAUGGACGAGAGGUUACGAGCGACUCUCACCAAAGAUCUGAGCAAACCGCACAGUCGAAUGGGUCUGAGGCUGGGACGGAAGAGACAUCACCACAGAGUGUCCAAGAUCCAGUUUUAUGUGACCAACCCUCCACCGAAACGAUUUCCUCUCAGUGCCUGUCGGAUCUGACUCCCGACACGGUCACCAGCGAUGGACGUUUCAGCUUUGAGGAACUAAAGCCGAGCCCCUCGUCAGAUGCCUGUGGCCAGCAUCCCGGUGAGGUCCAGGCUCCGCUGAGCCCCGACUGUUUGGUUUCUGAGUCGGCCUCAGUCCAGUCAAAACCGGAGGUGGCUUCAUCUGCCCCUGAUGAGUUCAACAUCCCCCUCGGUGAUGCCAGCACUUCCUCUGUGGAAAAUAUCCCUGCGCGCACACUUGCAAGUUGCGCAGAGACGGGUCUUGGUGGCAAAGAGAGCCCUACCUUUGAAUAUUCCGACCCGGAGCCUUUCUUUGACUGCAAACAAGGGCCGUCUGAUUUCUCAGAGACCGAGCCUGACGCACUCGAGCCUAGAGGAAGUACAAGUGGAAGCCGCACCCGGGAUCGGCUCGGCCCCCUAGAAGGGCGGCGAAAGCUGAAUCAAAAUGCGCUGUUGUCUUCUGGAAGUGAAGAUUACGAAGAUGCACCCUUCGUCAAUGAGCCCCCUCAGGAAGCAUACAAAGGGAGUGAAGAGUUGCCGCACAAUUCCCAGACAUCCGAUGAGGAAUUCAUCCUGUGUGAGGCUCCACAACUACCUGGAGUGUUUGAAACAAAAAAAUCUCUCCGACGGGCUGAUGAAAUGCCCGACUUCCCCAAUCAGUCAGUGACAGAGGAGAGGUACAAGGAUGAAAAUGGACACACAGUUGUCAAAAGGGUUACUCGAAAGGUCAUCCGCGAGUGUGUUUCUGUGGAUGGCAUGGAGCAUAAAGAGGUGUCAUUAGAAGAAGCUCCAGUGAGGUCUGUCACUCUGUCGGAGGGCGAUGGUUACUCCACGGUGGUGAAGAGGACUGUCCUAAAGAGUGAGGGAGACCACGCAGAGGUAUUUGGGGAAUGUGAGGGUUUCCUACCAUCAAAGCAAAAGACAGGAGAUGCUUGUGCUGUCAGUGGCACAGAAAAGACAUCACUGUUGGACAGGGAAAGGAAAAUAUCUUCCCCAGGCAAUCCAUCUUUGGCCCCAGACCUCCCUUCAGCCCAAAAAGGCUUCAAGCAGACACUGGGUAGUUUGGGUGGUUUAAGCAGAGCAGAGCUCCCUCUUGUGGUAGAGAGAGAAAUUGUCAGAAGGGAUGGAGCUGUGGUCAGGAGGAUCCGCACGCGUAAACCUCAGACCUUCAGACGAACAGCGAUGAGGGGAGCUGGUCAGCACAAGCAGGUCCUUGUAGGGGAAACGGGUACCAUUACGAAAGAGAGAAAACCCUGCGACCUCCAGAAGCAACUUCACCAGCUCUUUCAUCACUGAAAAAGUCAGGACAAUGACGAGGACGGAAUGGAGGAGGGCGAGUAGAAGAACGAGUUCCACUCUCCCCAACUCUCGGGCUCUGUCCAUGCGAACGUCCCUGCUAAUCCUAUGCAUUAGCCACUUGCAAUCCCAGUGUGUACCUCGGCACCUCAGAGCUACCACAGUCUUCCCAUUUUGUUUCUGGAAGAUUCCCUUUUUGAUCACAAAGAACUGUUUUCUUUUCUAACAGAUGCUGUGUAAUUAUCAUUUUCAUUUCAUGUUCUGAAGUUGUUUUGCCUUGUUGUGACCAAAGAAAGCCUUCUGUUGUUUUCCUGAUUGACUCUAAUUUGAAUGUGAAAACUGUCUUAGUUUUGUCUUGAUAAUGUGUAGGGUAAAAAUAAUGAAAAUAAAAAAAUAGAAGUGAAAAUACAUACAAAGGAGGAACAUAAAUAACUCUAGCUAACUAAAAAUGUAUUUUAGAUGAAGAACAACAAAAUAUUGCUACUGCUGUUUAAGUCGGUGCUGAGAUAGAAAGACAGUAUUUCACAUUGCACUGCCUCACAAAACUCAGAUUUUCUUUUUCUGAGAAACUCAUUUACUCACAGUUCUGGUCUGUUUUUUGUUUUUUUAUUUCUUUGAUGCCGUUGGUCAAGAUGUCACAAACAGAAAAUCUGACUGUAUCAACACUGAAUUUAACUGCUGCUGUUGUGUUUUGUGGAAACUGUGUGCAUUUUGUCCUUUGUAUUAUAUAUGAUCUGUAAUCUGAAAAUUAUUGACAUCUGUAGGCUAGGAAUUAAUAAUCACUUAUGUGAAGUAGAACAGGCAUGACUAAUCAACAUCUGGCAAUUUGAUCCUAGCUUUGACUGCUUUGUCGUUCAGUGGAUUGUCCUUUAGCCUUUCUUUUCCCUCUAUGUAUGUCUUUUUUGAGCGUGUGCAUCUUUUUCUGCCUUUGUCCAAAUGUUUGGUAUUGACUCAUGUUGUAUGGGCAUGAAAUGGGUGAGUGAGGCUGGAUUGUAGGCACUGAGUGUUUGUGUGUUGAAAUUCUGCACCGACUGCUGGUUUGAGAAGAACAUUUUUGGUAUUAUCUUCACAGGACUGGAAAUAUGCUUUAAGAUGUCUUAUUUUAGAGUCUAUUUUUGUUAUUUUAGUUCAGUGUACAAGUAAGUGUAGAGUACAAGUGAAUUUAUUGGGUCAUUUACUGUUCGUCAUUGGGCAGUGACUCAUCAAAUCUUUUGAUUUUCAAUGUAUUCGGACGUCACCAGACCUAAACACCUAUAUAAUUGCUUUAUAUUCUCUAUUUAGUUAAUUUUUUCAAACACAAGUAUUCGAACCAGGUGUGUGAUUUGUUAGAGAGUGAAUUUGGAUGCGUGUGUGUGCUGGGUGAGUGUGUGCUGGUCUCUGUUAACAGAGAAAAUGUAUCUGUUCAUUUUACAAAUAAUUACUCUUGCACUCCUGAAUGUCAGAUGGGAACGCCUCCUUGCUUUCUGUGCACAGGUACAGUAGAUAGACAUAGUAGCACCAGAUAGGCAGGUUUGGAGCUUAAAUACACGAUUAUGUACACCUCUGACCAUUGCUAAUGUAUGUACCUGCAACAUGUAUUUACUUCACUAUCACGGUUUACUUUGUGAUUUAGAGAAAUGUAAAAUGCAAAUAAGUGAAAGUUCACUGUGACCGGUAUGCUUUAAUUUAAAGAAUCGGCAUCCCUUUUUCUGUGAUUACAGUUAUAUACAUAUACAACGCAUAUAUAAAUACCUACGGGGCAUGUAUUAUUGUAUCAAAAAGACAAAAAUAAAAUGGCUGCAUUGUAUCUAUGGCUGAUAGAGAAUAAAAAUAUUCAAAUUAAUUAAAUUGAAUAUUGAAUUUUUUCAUGCACAUGAAACAGAUUAAAUGCGAUAAAAUGUUCAAGAUUUACAUCUUAAAAUUGAGGUCAUGUGUCAAAGAUUCCAGGAAAAUGCAGAACGUAUGCUGCCCUCUGCUGGACAACAGUAUACUUUCUGUAAUAGUGUUCUAUCUCAUUACAAACCAGUGGAAAUAUUGGAUUAGUGCUCAAAAUAUAGUCAUUCAAUCAAUAUCCAUGGUUUAAGUAGGAAGUAUCAUCCUUUUAAUUCCAAAUUAGACUGCCUUAACAAACACUGACUACCAAGUCAGC